CGAACACGCAUGUUGCGAGGCUUCGGUCAAUGCGCGCCCCCUGAAGAAGUCAAAAUAAAAACCCGAGAAGCCCGAUUUGACCCGCGUGCAGCGGGUCAAUUCCCACAAAAAAACACCGGCCUUCGCCGAACCCCAUCCAAGCCCUUCUGCGACGCCCCGCUCGACCGCUGCAACAGCGACAGGCUAAAAAAAAUCGCGCAAAAGCCAAAUCCACCACUGAGAGCCAAUAUCGCCUACUUGACCUGCAGCCGCGCAGCGCUGACAAACACCAUGGACGCCGCAGCAGCCAAAGCCGCGCGCAAGGAAGCAAAACGCAAGAAGAAGGAGGCCAAGCUCCUGAAGCGCAAGCUCGAGGGCGCCGCCGAGCCCGAGGCCGGCGGCCAGAGCCGGGCGGCCAAGAAGAAGAAGGCGAAGAAGGCGAAGAAGCGGGCCGCGGACGAAGCCGUGCCGCGCCGGCGUCAUACAGGCCUUCGUCGCGUCGAUGGCGUGGAAGCGGAUGAGAGGACCCGUCGUUGAUAGCGUGGAGGCGGACGCGCCUUUACUCCUCCGCCGCGCGCAGGCCGCACCGGCCGCGGACGAGCCCGCGGCGGACGAAGCCGACGCGGCGGACGCGGCGCCCGCCGAGGAGGCGCAGGCGCCGCCGCCGAAGUCCGACGCGAACGCCGCAAGCAUGUUCGGCACGCUGACCUUCGACGCCUUACCGCUGGCGGAGGGCACGCAGGAAAGCAUCAAGAAGAUGGGUUUUGGAACCAUGACGAAGAUCCAGGAACGCGCGAUCCCGCCGUUGUUAGAAGGACGCGACUUGUUAGGUAAUGCCAAAACGGGCUCGGGCAAGACGCUCGCGUUCCUCGUGCCGAUGGUAUUGGAGCGGCGUCCUCUUACUUGUGACGGUCGCGGCGACGGCGUGGGCGGGUACGCCAUCGACGCGAAGUGGAGAGAGCGGCCGAGGACGCCACGCGGCGAGAGAGCAAUCGGCGGACGCGGGGCCGCGAGGCCGCGACGAGACAACGCGAGACCACGACGCGAAAAACACCACAAAACGCGCGCAGGUCGACCUCCUCACGAAAGCCCGCUUCCAGCAGAAUAGAGGAUUAGGCGGCCUCGUCAUCUCGCCGACGCGCGAGCUGUCGCUGCAGAUCUACAACGUGCUGCGCGAGCUCGUGGGAGGCUCGGGCGCGUCGCACACGCACGGGUUAGUUAUAGGCGGCGCGAACAGGAGAGGCGAGGCGGAACGACUCGUGAAGGGUGUUUGUUUGUUGGUGGCGACGCCCGGUAGACUGUUGGACCACCUCCAGAACACGAGCGGGUUUAUAUAUAGGAAUUUGCUGAUGUUCGUAAUUGAUGAAGCGGACCGCUUACUCGAGCAGGGCUUCGAGGAAGAUCUGCGGGGUAUUGUGAAGGCCCUACCGUCGCAGCGGCAGACGGCUUUAUUUUCAGCAACACAAACGAGAAAGGUCGAAGACUUGGCGAGACUCGCGAUCAAAACAGAUCCAGUAUAUGUAGGAGUCCACGACUCGGAGCAGCACGCGACCGUCGCGGGUCUCGAGCAGGGCUACGUCGUCGUCGCGCCGAAGGAUCGGUUCCGGCUCUUAUUUACAUUUCUAAAAAGACACCGCAAAAAAGAAAAGGUGAUGGUGUUUUUUUCGUCGUGCAACGCGGUCAAGUACUACUCGGACCUGCUGAAUUAUGUUGACGUGCCGGUUUCUAAGCGGCGUCCCGUUUGAUACUGUGAGACACGGCGACGGCGUACGAGAGCAUGCGCCGCAUCGCGUCGACGGCGUACGGGACGCGUCGACGGCGAUGCCGUCGCGGUGAUGCCGUCGCGGCGAUGACGUCACGAAGCCAAGCGCGACCGCGCGGCCUCGGAGGCCGAGGCGCGCGCGCGGGCUGCGGCCGAGGCGCGAGAGCAGACACGCGUCGAGAGCGCCGCGGCGAUGGCGUGGGGGCGCGAGAGACGCGGCGACAGCGUAGAGAGGGCAGACGACGGCCGGGAGCACGGCGGAUAGGACGAGCGAGCCCAACGCUGACCGGUACGCCAUCGACGCGAUGGUGAGGCCACAACAAAGCCACACACAACGAAGCCACACAGCGAGACAACGCCACACGACGAGAAAAACACCACAAAAAAAAACGCACACAGGUCCUCGACAUCCACGGCCGCCAGAAGCAGCAGAAGCGCACGUCGACGUUCUUCGAGUUCUGCCGGGCGACGUCGGGCGUGCUGCUGUGCACGGACGUCGCCGCGCGGGGCUUAGAUAUUCCGGAGGUCAAUUGGAUCGUGCAGUUCGACCCGCCAGAUGACCCGCGCGAGUACGUCCACAGAGUCGGCCGGACGGCGCGCGGCGAGACGGGGACUGGGAGAGCGUUACUAUUCUUGGCGCCGGCGGAGCUCGGGUUCUUGCGGUGGCUGCGCGACGCGCGCGUGGCCCUCCACGAGUACGAGUUCGACAUGAGCAAGGUCACGAACAUCCAGUCGGCACUUACCAAACUCGUGGAGAAGAAUUAUUAUUUGCAUCGCGCCGCGCGGGACGCCUACCGGUCGUACCUGCUGGCCUACGCGUCGCACGCGCACAAGGACAUUUUUGACGUCCAUUCAUUAGAUCUCCAGGCCGUCUCGGAGAGCUUCGGGUUUGCCGUGCCGCCGCGCGUCGACCUGAACCUGAGUCAUAGGGGAGACAAGAAGACGCGGCGCAACCCGAAGAAGGGCGACCGGCGCAAGGGCCAGUCGGGCCACGCCUUCUCGGCGGCGAACCCGUACGGCAAGAAAUCAGCUGGCGACGCGCGGCAGUUCUCCUACUAAGAAUGAUGUAACAAAAGCAAUCUUACGAACGAAGGGGAACAAUCAAUCAGAGGUGCGCGACGCGGCCCAGGGCCGGCU